GUGAGUAAGCAGAGCAGUUUCAUUUCUCAAGAUGACUAACCCACAACACAUUGCCAUGUCCUUUCUCAUCUUCGCUGCUCUGCUGUUCAUGGGAAGCAGUGUGUCGUCUGAAGUUGACAAUUCUUUGCUCACGGAGGGCUUUGUGAGCCACGUCGAGGAUGCAGAGGAUCCGAGCAACAUGACCAAAAAACCGAGCCUUCAACCCAAAGAGAGUAAGCCUGCAAUAGCAACAUACACGCUGAAGCGGUUGAGCCAAGUGUGUGUGAUGGCCAAGCUCGGCGUCGUGUUCCUCGUAAAAGAGAACAAGAAAACACUGUAUUACAACCUGGACCCCAAAUCCACCAGGGUGACGGGGUACUGCACCAACGAUAAAGCUGUUCUUUCACUCGAGUUUGACGGAGGAAUGUUGGAAUUCACGUUUAAAAAGGACGGUGAUCAGGCAUAUGUGAUAACUCUGAGAGCAAAGCUGGAACCUGAACCUUCCUGUAAAAAUUGCAAAAGUAAAAGCUAUCCUGGCAUUUUGGACCAUGAAAAGCUCUUCAAAACCAGCAAGGGCAAGAGCUUUAAGUGCAAUUCAAAGACUCAACUAAUUCUAGCUGAAAACCUAAGCAUUAAAUUAAUUGAGAUGCAGAUUCAAGGUUUUGACCUGGACAAGGACACUUUCGGAAAAGAGGUCGAGUGCUGGGCUGACUACACCAAGAGGAUCAUUCCCAUAGUGGUGGGAGCUGUCGUUGCAGGAAUCAUCCUUAUUGCCAUUCUGGUUUAUGUGCUCAUGCGUGAGCGCCGUAGUCAAGGCUACGAACAACUCUGAGUGUAAUCGACAUCAAAACCUCAAGAUACAACAUUGUUUUACACCCUACAGCUGCAGUAUUAAAGAAACUGUUGUCUAUAAUAGUGCUCUACUAGGGCCUAUACUUAAUGAUGACAUGUUCAAAAUGUUGUAACAAAACAUUUACCUACCAGCAUAUGUGCGCUUAAGAUAAAAAAAUUGAUUUUAAAAACUGUUUACACUUUUUACCCCAUUCAGAAAGCUAAAUUAGGGGUUUUAUUCUUUGAUUAGUGACUGGAUGUGAAUGACAAAUAGUCCUAAUUUGUGUUUACUUUUACAUGUUGAAAUUUUUUUUUUUAAAUAUAUAUUUCUAGUAAUAAAAUAUACAGGAAUUGUG